UGCGAUGUGCCUCUUGUUCCGUCACCUGGAGGCCAGGUAGCCGGGACGGUAUAAAAACAGCCCACAGCCCAGCAGAAACACACACAUUUGCAGCUGAAUCUUCCGACAAGUAAGAACCUAAACAAAAGAAAACAAAAUGAAACUCGUCUUUUUGCUAUUCGCACUUUUCGCUGUUGUCGCCAUGGUCUGCGCGGUGCCAUUGGACGGAGUGAAAGGUGAAACGGCAUCAUUGGUUGCCCCUGAUAUGGAAGCAUCUCAAUUAUUCCUGAAGGCUCACAAAGCUAAAGCAUUUAAAGCUCCUAAGGCUCACGCUCCUGUACCUCACGCACCUGUGCCUCACGCACCUAAGGCUCCAAAAGCCAAAGGCAUUAAAGCAAAAGCGCACAAAGGCUAAAUGUUUUAUUUUUGUUACUUUGAAUACGUCCGAGAAAUCAGUUAACGAGUCAUGAUCCACCUUUUUUGUUCUUCACCCCCCGUAAUUUUUUUUUUUUUUCGGUUUCUUGUUGUAUGUUUUGUUACCAGUAAUACAGCAUCCUUUAGAAAAAGA